CCGGGGCGGCAUCAGUUGCGAAACAUGAAGUGUCUAGUGUUAAUUGCCUUGAGUGGCCUCUUCCUGGCCAUUGGCCAGGCCAGGAUCCUGCCGAAGGAGGAUCUCCCCUGGGAGUUACCUGCGGUUCCGGAAUUGGUGAACGAGAUUGAACCCAGAGAAGCUGGAUGUUCCAUUAAGAUCCGUAGCUCCGAGCUGAAGGAUCCCCAGCCUGUGCUGAUCAAGGCGGGAACGUCUGAAAUAGUUGGCUUCUCGGACAGUGGCAAUGUGGAUGUGGAUAAGGACAAGGCUAUUGAAUUCCACUGCACCAGCAGCCUGGCUUCUCCUCUGUCCGGGAAGUCUGUGACCGCCAAGUGUGUGGGUGGCACCACCUUCAAGAUCGACGAUAAGGAGCACGACCUGUCCGCCAUUAAGUGCACAUCCUGGCCAGCUUUUGUGGGCAAGAAGUCGGGUUCCAGCUGCAAUGGGGGCACCACUCUGAUCAAGGUGGGCUUUGAACUGUCCGGUUCCCGGUUCGCCACGCAGUACGAGGUGUGCUUCAACGAGGACGAGGAGGUGACCAGGUAUGUCUACCAUCGCCUGGAGCCGGGAAACAACUACUAUGCCACCGGAGUGGAUCGAAUCACCUUCGGUGCUGGCGGUUACUUUGCGGGCAAGAACGUGGACAAGCUGUACACGCAGGCGGUGCAGAAGGAGACCAUCGACAAGGAGUUGGACAUGGACUCAGCCCACUACUUCGACUCGGCGAAGAACAUCUUCCUGGCCCGCGGGCACAUGGGUGCCAAGGCUGAUUUCGUGUUUGCCCCGGAGCAGAGGGCCACCUUCCUGUUCAUCAACGCCGCUCCCCAGUGGCAGACCUUCAAUGCCGGCAACUGGGCCCGCGUGGAGGAUGGAGUUCGAGCCUGGGUGGCCAAGGAAAAGAAGCACGUGGAGUGCUGGACGGGAGUCUGGGGAGUGACCACUCUGGCCAACAAAAAUGGAGAGCAGAGGCAGCUGUACCUGUCCCACGAUAACAAUGGCAACGGUCUGAUCCCAGUGCCCAAACUCUACUUCCGAGUGGUUAUCGAACCCUCGUCGAGGAAGGGCAUCGUUCUGAUCGGCGUGAACAACCCCCAUUUGAGCCUGGAGGAGAUCAAGCGAGACUAUAUCCUCUGCACGGAUGUCAGCGACAAGAUCGACUGGAUCAGCUGGAAGAAGACGGACCUCACCGCUGGGUACUCAUACGCCUGUGAGGUCGCCGAGUUCCGCAAGAAGGUGGAUCACCUCCCCGAAUUCUCAGUCAGUGGUUUGUUAGUCUAAGUCUCUAACGGAAUAAAUAAAAUCCUUAUAUUAUACUGUA